AUUCCACCGAUCGGUCAGCAAGCGGCGCCAGAUUUCGAUGAUUCACGCCGAGCCGGCGAGGAGGCAGGCGCGCACACACAGCCCGACACUUACACAAGCGCACACAAAGCGGCUGGGCGAAGCUGGAGCGGGGCUCCGACGCCGAGCCAGCGGGGAACGGCGACGCAAAGCCAGGCGGAACGGGUGCCAGCGCGCGGAGGACGGCAAAGUCCUCUGGCCGAAGAUGCAUAGGAUAUUGGCCAUAGUUGUUUGGUGUUUUCUGCAAGUGGAAGGCAGGCAUCCAGAAAUCCUCCCCGGGAGCAGCAACAAUGGCAAUUUCUUGGACAAUGACAAAUGGCUGAGCACUGUUUCCCAAUACGACAAAGAUAAAUAUUGGAAUAAGUUCAGAGAUGAAGUUGAGGAUGAUUAUUUCAGAAACUGGAAUCCAAACAAGCCUUUUGAUCAAGCUCUUGAUCCUUCCAAAGACCCAUGCUUGAAGGUAAAGUGCAGCCCACAUAAAGUGUGUGUCACUCAUGACUACGAGACAGCCAUUUGUGUAAGUCGCAAACAACUGGUACACAGCCUUCGGCAAAAGAAAGGAAACCUUCCCCAGAGGCACUGGAAUGGACCAGCUAAUUUAGUAAAAUGCAAGCCAUGCCCUCUGAUGCAUGCCAGUGCGGUUUGUGGCUCCGAUGGACAUACUUACACAACAAAGUGCAAAUUGGAGUUUCAUGCGUGCACAUCUGGCAAAAACAUUGCAGCUCGCUGUGAAGGGCCUUGCCCAUGCCUUCCAGGACAGGAAAGUCUAAAGCACAAGGCCGAGAAAACUGCUUGCACAGACAAGGAGCUGAGGACCCUUGCAUCCCGCCUAAAAGAUUGGUUUGGUGCUCUUCAUGAAGAUGCAAAUCGUGUCAUCAAGCCAACCAGCUCGGAUUCAGCACAAGGCAGAUUUGACACUAGCAUAUUACCAAUCUGCAAGGAUUCGUUGGGCUGGAUGUUCAACAAACUGGAUAUGAACUAUGACCUUCUCCUCGAUCACUCAGAGAUCAAUGCCAUUUAUCUUGAUAAAUAUGAGCCAUGCAUUAAACCGCUCUUCAACUCCUGUGACUCCUUCAAAGAUGGAAAGCUUUCAAACAAUGAAUGGUGCUACUGCUUUCAGAAGCCUGGAGGUCUCCCUUGCCAGAAUGAGAUGAACAGAAUUCAAAAGCUGGGCAAGGGGAAGAGCCUGAUGGGAACUUUCAUUCCACGGUGCAAUGAGGAAGGAUAUUACAAAGCAACUCAGUGUCAUGGAAGUACUGGGCAAUGUUGGUGUGUUGAUAAGUAUGGAAAUGAGAUAGCUGGCUCAAGGAAGCAAGGGACUGUUAGCUGUGAAGAGGAGCAAGAAACCUCGGGGGAUUUCGGUAGUGGUGGAUCAGUGAUAUUAUUGGAUGAUCUGGAAGAGGAACAUGAAGCAGCAAAAAAGGACCAAGAAGGGAAACAGAAGAUCCAUGUAAGAGCAGCUAAUGAUGAUGAUGAAGAUGAAGAUGACGACAAGGAGGAUGAAAUUGGCUAUAUAUGGUAGUUCCCAUAACUCUGAGGACUCAUGUUUUGCACAAUAUCACAAGUCAUUUCGUAUCUCUGCAAUGGUAACUGAAACAUCAGGCAUUGCAUAUGGAGCUCAAUUUAAACCCGUUUGGGCAUUCCAAUAUGCACACAGGUAUCCCUUACAAUUGAGCUUCCCUUUCACUUUACUGCUGGGCGUAACUCCACAAGCACAAUGGAGAUGAGCAUGCAGAGCUGAACCUGACAUUGAAGUGAACUGGGAAGACCUUUCACAUCUGGGAGCUCCUUGCACAUGUGGGACUUGGCACACUCAUGUGCAUUGGAGCUCUUGUGGCCAGCAAACUGCUGGAUGGAAGCAAUUAUCUCUCCACUCAAUUUAAUUUAGUACACUGUGUUUAAUUUGGAAGACAGCUUUCCCACCUGACUAGCUAUUUUUUGGCAUAAUUGUAAGCAUUGUUCUAUUUUACUGACAUGGUGACUUUCAUAGCUUAAUCUGCUCACAUGCGUCUUUUAUAAAAAUGGAAUAUGGAACAUAGCAAGAGGGUCAGCACAUCCAAGCACUGGGCUCUUCUGAUGUUACCAGAACUAAAGUUUUCAAUUACUUGAUCUUUUUUAAUUGUGCCAUUUGUUGUUACUACUGUGGUUUUGCUACUUUAAUGUUAAAAGCAGGUAGGGUUGGGGGUUUUCUGUCUCGCCAUCUGGAACUUGUUUGAAAAUAUCAAAAUCGCCUUAACAUUCUGAUUUGGUCAACCACUGGCUUUAAGUCAGAAAUAAUUCCAUUUUAGUUCCUCCUGAUUUUUCUUUAACAUGGUUGGCAGAACCACUGUCUUAUUUUAGCAGAACUCAAUGAAAGUUCUCCCCCGCACCAGGAGUGCAGGAUAAGAUCUCAGAUGACUGUUUAAUCAAAAUUAGUUCACUUUAAGUUAAGCAUCAUAGUAUAUGCACACAACUUUUAGCAAAGGAAACAAGCCUGGAAUGGCCUUUCAAAACAUGUGAAAAAGGAAUGCUUUGCAAAUGCAUUUCUUUACAAUCGUUUUUGCAGGCUUGCAAGUCUUGGAUUUUGCUUUGAUCAAGUUUGCACUAAUGCUAUGCAAGCUGCCUCUGCUUCCUGGAUAGCAUACCACUGGUUUUGCUGAAAACGCUUUUUCUUCAUUUACUCUAAAUGAAUCCUCAUUUGGAAGUGCUGAAGCUGUCAGCAGUAAUAAGCUGUCUUCCCUUUAUUUUAAAUUGUUGAUAUUUAUUUGCUCUGUUUUAAAAAAGAAAACAUCUUUAGGCAGUUGCGUUUCUGGUUAAUAUCACUUCUGGUUAAUAUGACAUGUAAUACUUACACAUAUGAACCAGAAGAGAAUGUGAUUAAAAUAUUCCACAUAGUUAUAUCUCCAUAGCAGCAUCUCAUUGUUCCCCAUUGCCAUUCAGUGUGGGGAAAUGAAUUUGCCAUUGCAGACCUUUUAUUAUGUUAGCUGUCCACGCAAGGACAAAACAUGAUGAGCAUCUAUGAUUGGUUGGGAGGGAAAAGAUGGAUUUGUAACAAGCCCCAUCUUUUUCUCAUUAAAUGGAAGGAAAUAAAUGCCAGAUAGGUCUUAAAUUCUGCAAACACUAAGGACCAUACCACUUUUGUUGAUCAGGGCAAUUAUAGUGCUGUUAUACCAGAACUGAACAUGGCCUGUACACUUUAAAGAAAGCUUAUAUUUCUGUGAGAAAGUGCUAAUUUUUUAGUGUGAAUUUCUAUACAGUUUUCAGGCGGCUGCACAAUGGCAUCUAUCCUCAGACUAUUGUUUGCUAUGUGUGAUACUCUCGUUUGUUUAUGCCUUUUGCUUCUGGUGUGAUGAAGUCUGGGGGUUGCUGUUUUUUAACAAUUCAUUUUAACACAAGGUCUGGUUUGUUAAUGAACCCUUCAAAUAGUAAUGCCAAAUGUCAUGAUGUUAAUAUUACAUUUCAGUUUGUUUUAAUAUUCCCAACAAGUGCAUCCUAAAUUUACUGGCUUUGUGAAAUUAUGAUAAUAUCCAGCUGAGAAGUUACCUCCCAGAUAUACAGCCUUAGCCUGAAACCCUGAGCUCAAUGGAUUCCAGUAAUUAAGUAAGUUGGUUGUCCUUUGACUUUUAAAGAUGCCACUGCUACAAUCCAGAAAUGUACAUCAUACACACUUAAAAACUCUGCAGUUCCACUGAAGAAAAUCCACACAAUUGCUUUGGCCUUUCGGUCUUCUUUAGCCAUAGUGAUGCAAAUUGUGUCCUGUGCUGUUGUGCUUAAAGUAGGAUCCAAUGCCUGGUGAAUGAAGCCAUUGGGCUCUGCCCUAAUUGCCAGUUGACCUCUAUCCCAAUCCUCAUCGAGGAAUGCACUGUCCAUUCCUUGCUAUUGUAAAAGGACAUAGGCUGUCAUGGAAGGGGGCUGUGGAUGCCCUGCUCUUCCUCAGCUUUGCCCAUCUCCAAGUAAAGCCAUGUAGCUAUCCUGAAUAGGCCAGCUACAACACAUUAAGGGGUAGGGAGCAGCUGCCGGUAUACGACUACUCCACUCCUGUGAGUUACCAUGUUCACAAAGCACCUCAGAGUAUCAGCUAAUGGCAUUGUUAUCCAGAGCUCACACUUGAAAGUAAAUUGCAUGAGAUUAAUGGGGCUUUCUUCCAAAUGAAAGUGAUGUUAACCACUAAAUGUUUUAAGAAUAUGGGUUUUCUGGGGUGCACUCUUAAGCUGUAUUUGAACACUGGCUGGACUAGUAUACAAUAAAAGUCACCUACUGUAAUACCAUCCAAUUAGAAGCUGCAACAUAGCUAUCAUUUUCACCAUACUGCUUACCUACUUAAAUUAAUAAAACCUGCAGAAGUCAAAUUCACUGUGGUUGCAGAGAGAAGUGCUAUUAUCUUUUAUAUACUUACAGUAAAGUUUCCAUUUAGCCUUUGUUCUUGCUACGCACGCAGAGCAGUGUGAAUGCAGCUGCUUUCUGAAGAAGUCCAUCAUUGCUGGGGUGUGUGUGAAGAUUGAAACCACAUGGGUGAGGCCACUCACAUGGGUCUUUCCCAACUGAUCUGCCUUCUUCAGCUCCAAAUCAUAGCCAAGUCCUAUUGAAAUCAAUAAAAAGACUUAAAUUAGCCAUACUGUACCUAACCUAUUCUACUGAUUUCAACAGGAUACCGGAGCCAUUUAAUUUCUGGAGCAGGGACAUUUUAUUUAUGUGAGUAAAAAACAACAACCCUGCAGAUUAAAUCUUAAAGUCAGUUGUGGUUAAUCUUGUAAUUAAUCUCAUUACACAUAAACACACAAAAAAACCCAUAAUCCCUGCCUCCUCUGAUGUUGCUUCUUUAGCAGCAAUGCUUAAUUGCUGGGCUCACUGUCUUAAACACUAUGACUUUUGUUUAUAUGGGGUUUGUAUGUAUAAAAAUUAACCAAAACAAAGUUUUUGGUUGUUUUUUCUUUUAAGAACCAUUUCAAAUUAUUUCCCAGCAAUUCCCCACUCCCAAGCAAACCCAUGAUAAUAUAGAUUACUUCAUACAUAUCAGUAUAGAAUUCAUUAACGAAAGUGAAAACAGGCAAUGUCCUUAGAUUCAAUAAUUUCCCUGAGAGUUAGUACAUUUAAAAAUAAGCUCUUAAAGACAAAUUAAACUCAGUUUUGUCUGCAGACUAUAAUCAUUCUCUAAAAUUCUUGCUAUUUGAUUUCCUGUUUGUCUGGAGAGAAAAAUAUUAAAAUCAGAAAAGGGUGAGGUACAAAAAUACCAUUUAUUAUUGUAACUAAAGGUGGAAAACCUGAAGCAGCAGCAAUUGGAGACACGCCUACAAUUUUGUCAGAUUCUCAAUAGCAUUUGAAGGAAAAACGAAUCCUUUGUAGUAAAGCCCUUAGCAAAAUAUUAGAGCAAUGCCAGAGAAGCAGAAUGAAGUGGUGCCUUCAGAGGCAAUGAAAAGUUGCAGUGUCAUCUAUUUCAUGAUGACUCCGUUUCACCUCCUGUUGAACCAUUUGUCUCCCCCAUUGCCCAUGUAAGAUUCAGGAAAAGAUGGCGAAGCUACAUGAAAUUUGACCAAGCAAGUCUCAGAAGCCUUUUUGUUCCAUUCUGCAACAGUGCAGAACUAACACAAUCCAAAGCCACGACAGGUUCUCUUGAGUUCUCUAUCAAGACACAGGAUAAAUGCUGUAAUUCAUUUCUCAUUACAUUUUCUGGGGCAGAAAUAAUAAAUGUACCUACAAUAUUGGCUGACCAAGACAUUAAUAGGCCUCCUGUCCUCACCUCUGUGAAAAUUACUUUGUUUAUAACUUCUAAUGGCUUUAACCUCUACCAGAUAAAAUAUAAUGGUUAAUUUCUGCUAUGGCAUAUAACAAGAACAUGCAAUUUAUACAAUAGUAUAUAUAAUUUUGAUACAGUGGUAUGCAUCAGCAGUAGGCUCAAUCAACAACAGUUUGGACCCAGCCUUAUUGUGGAUUUGUCUCGGAAAGUGCAGCUUUCCAUCUCUAUUUCAUUUAAAUCAUUUUUUUAAAGAUCAGUAAGCUACAUACAAUUAUCUACUAAUCUUAGUGGCAGCUCCACAUACUAAACUGCAAAGACUGCAGGAAUUUUUGUAUCAACUGACUUUAUCCUUUUAAUUCUAGUCUGAGUAUAUAUUGCAGCCAGCAAAGGUGACCCAUGCAUAGAAUCCAGCUUCCACCUUUUUGGAUGUCAUUGCAUGUAUACAUAAUGAUGGUGCAAGAGAAAGUAAAAAGCACACCGAAAAUCCAAUGCCAAAUUUGCAAGACACUGUGAAGCACAGAAGUUGCCAAUGUAGGCUCCACCCCUCCCCAGCUGUUGCUGGACUACAUCUCCCAUCAGUCCCUGCCAGCAUGACCAAUGGUUGGGAAUGAUGGGAAUUCCACCCAGCAUAUAUAUUUCCCAAGCUCAUCAGAUUCACCAGUUCCCUCACAACAAAAUUAAAUAGCUAUGCACAUUUAUGAAGGGCUAUGCUCUCCUAUCCAAACAUGAAUAACCUUAAUGUUACUUCAAGAUGUUCUUGACGUUUAUCUGAACAGAAAACAAGGCACAGCAUAUCUAUUUGCGCUCAGAGGCUGGGGGAAUAUUGCUUUUCAAUAUACAUUUGUAUUAGACACUGUUAAAGUAAUGCAAGAAUCUAGUAUAAAGGAAAGUAGAAAAGGUGGUUAACAUGGGGGGGUGCUCACUUUCAGUUUGGCAACCCCAGCCUCCUUAAUCCUUCCCCAGUUCAGUAGCUUGCCCUGCUGAACCAAAAAUAAAAUGUUAAAAGCUCAAGUGCAGACGUGGCUCUCACCUUAACAUUAUUUGGGAACAUGAAUUAGGCAUGCCAUAUCACUACCAACUGGUGCUUGAACUGUGGAAUACAUGCCAUGGUUCAUCCUUACUACUUCUGGUGAUGUAUGCAUUUCCACUUCUCAAUAUUAGUAAUAUAAAAUGUGAAUUCAAAGGGUUUACUUUUCCACCAGUGAGAAGGGUCAUAAGAAACCAAAUGUAACAUAAUCUAAUACAUUAUGGAUCAGAGCAGAGAUUUACUUCAUCUAAAUCAGUGGCCAUUCAGUAUGUGCAUUUGAUUACAGAAUGUGGCCAUAGUCAGCUCAUGCUAUAUACUAUUGCAUGAUAUUUACCUUCAUCUGAUAAGUUAGGCUGAGAGCUUUGCACAACGUAAGUGAAAAAGCUCAAGUGCUUAUUGAAAAAGAAUCCUAAAAUCAAUGUCAAGGAAAUGGUUGCAUAUUUCUACAUAUCAGAAACAUCAUUUGGAACAGCAUCUUCAUUCUUUAUGUUAGGGUGAUCGUUUUGACUAUUUUCACAAACUACAACUCAAAAUAGUGUUGUUGUUUUUCAGUCAACCACUAUGCAAUAAACUUACUUUGUUAGUUCAACAAAACAUCCAGUCGCAUACAUUAAUCACAACGGUGUAAUCCAAUGUUGUGGGAGCAGGCCUCUGUUCAGACAGCAAGACUUCCCUUCCUCUCUUCCCACACCCAUGUUCCCCCAAAAUCUGCUCCAAAAGGAGAUGGGAGGUGUGUAUGAUUUUAUGCUGUGAACCGCCCUGAGAUCUACAGGUACAGGGCAGAAUACAAAUUUAAUAAAUAAUAAUAAUAACAGGUGACUAUAGAGUGGGAGGAGCAAAAGUUGAAAUCCUGUUGUGCAAGUGAACAUCUGUUGGAAUCAGUCCAGUAUCUUUUCAAGGAUUAUUAAAUGACUUGAGUACUUAUUUGAAUACAUGCUGUAUCAUUUUCAAUUCUUCACAGCCCACUGAAAAGGGACAGGUCUCGUGACUAUCCAUGAUUCAGGGGCAUGUCAGGCUUCUGGGAAAUCUAUGUAUACUUCAGAUCGUAACUUCCCUUAAUUUGCCCCCAGCACAGCUCCAAUUCACCUCUAGCGCACACCCUUUUCAGCCCUACAGAUCAGUAACAUCAGUGGAGCAAGUACCAUGGAAGUUUCUGCAAUGGCAGAGAGGGUGCAUCCAACAUCAGUUCUCCCUCUCUCAGAGAAGAAGGUCUGAUGCCUCCCAUGGGCCAUGGUAUCGCAGGGUUGAUCUUGCUAUUUAAGAAAACAAACAACCCUCGCCAUAAUUACGCCUGUUGGUUUUCUGGAAAUGCCUAUACAAUAAAAAGGUUGAUUUGAAAACAAAUAUUGAUAAUCCAAUGGAAUUAUUUUAUAAACCCGCAAACCAAAAUAUCAACAACACUGGUUAUCAGAAUCUUUGUCAAAUUCUUGGCCACCAUAUUUGUUCAUAAUUAAUACAAAAGUCAACAUGGUUAAUGCAAGUAUCAUUAUAUUCAUAUUUCAGAGUUCUUAUUGCUUUCUCCCCACCCCAUUUCACAGCAUGCCUCAAGAAAAAAAGUGAUACUCCAGAUCAUUAAAAUGUUAAAGAAAUAAGGCCUUUAAUGCAGUAUACAGUAGAGCCCCUGGCUCUUAUAUCCCACAGCAGAAUUACCUAUUCUAUUUCUCCCUUAUGACAAUCUAAAGCUUUUAACUUGCCUACAGCUUGACUUAAAUUUCUGAUUCCAUUGGAAGCUAAAAUACUUCAUUUCCUUCAAAUUACUGACCUUCCAAAAAGUUAUGGACAAUGGAAAAAAAACCUCCAGCACCAAAAAAAACCAAGGCUACUCUGCAGUCUUCAAGCCAAUCAUUCCCUGUAUUUAAAUGACUUUCAAGGAAGUAAGCUUUGAAGGAUGCAUCCUAUUUUUUUCAUGAUACUUUACAAAAUAAUAAUAUUUUGAAGCCUUGUUAGGUUUUUGUAUUGCGCUUCGGUGUGUUCUUUUUACAGAUUUCACAAAAGGUAACAUCUGUUCACUUCUAGCCUCCAUUGUGCUUUGCAUUCUUUCACACCUGAUUUAAAACUACAUUGUGUCCGCAAUCCAGCACAGAAUUAGGUGAGAUAAACCCAUUGAUUUCAGUGGAGUUAAAAUAUAGCUAAAGGGCAAUUCUAUGCACACUAGAAUAUGUUGCAUUGAUUUAGUGGGACUUCCAAGUGAACGUACGUAGGAUCAAACCGCCUCUGUGUUCAAUUGUUGCCUAUGAGUUUAUAUCUAACAGUACUUCACAUGCAACAGUCAUAUAAGAAGCAACACAAUCUGCUAGUCAAUACUUCAAUAUUAGAAAUUUCAUACCAUUUUCUCCAGGUAGCAAAUGACAUAGAACACCAGCCAGCCAAAGUUAAGAUGUUUAAGUCACACUGAUGUUAGUUAAUGGCAGUGUUAAGCAUGUGGUUAAUUUUCUCCCACUAAAAUCAAUGGGAACUCAUUAAAUUUGGCCGGAUUGUGUCCACUAAAUCUAGGGUCAUUAUUUGCAACAGACCACCAGAACUCCCAAUAUUUGACUCUCUUUUUUUCCAUAGAAAUUUGAUGGCUUUCACUGCAGACUCUUCUUUCUGCCAUUCAGUUUUCUUUUAUUGCACAGACUGCUUUGUACUGUUAAUACACAUCAAAGAGCCCUUUCUACAGUAGGUGGUAUUUGGUCUUUUUAUACUUUUCUCAAUGCUGCUGAUGUCCGUUACUGUUUAAUGUGUAGCGUUGUAAGGAGAGAUCCAGAUAUUAAGUGUUUAAGUUUUAUGUCCCUACUGUAGAUGGAAUGUACAAUAUCAUAGUUAAUUAGAGUAGCAUAGUAAAUUAUGAAUGCUUUUUCCCCCAUGAAGAUUUAAAUGGAAUGUGAACAUGUUGCUGAUUUCCUUGGUUAAUUGUAAAUGCUGAAUUGUAGUACUAAGUAGUUGCAUUUUUGUCUGUCUCAAUAAAUUUUAAUUUGUCUGCGA